UAUUGUAAUAGUAAGGCAUUGAAAGUUUAAAUGAAAGUGUAUAAAUAAUUUAUUGGUGGACAGGACAUUCAGUCAACAUGUUAGUCAACUAGUCAGCCACGUAGCCUCUUUGACUUACGCCACCGUGUUUCUGUCUACUUGGACUUGUUAUUAUCGCAUGUAUAUAUAUCUAUAUAUAUAUAUGUAUGUAUGUAUGUACGUAUGGUAUGGGGCAGAUAAGAGAAGGGAUAUGCCUGUUAUGUUUCCAUUUUUUUAUUCAACUCUCGACUUGAAGCGCUGCUCACUGAUUAGUAGAUGCUGAAGUACCAACAAGACAACACGGAUUUAGUUACGCGCUUGUGAAAACUAAAGGACUUUAAAUUUAAAUUCUUCAUUUAAAUUUAUUUAAAAAGUGGCCAGAGUGCGGGCUGGUAAAUUCCAAUAAUCGGGAUCAUAGAGAUUGAUUUUUUAAAAAUUCGGAAAUUAUCGAAGUGCGUAGUUGUUAAUCUAUUGGAAUAAUUAUCACUUGCGUGCUUAUUGUUGCGGCUGAAGACGAGUCGAGUGGCCGCGGGACUUGGUGAGACGCACAGACGUCUAUCUUUGAAGGUCGCAGAGCUUAUCUACGACGUAGACGAGGUUGAGGGCUACACAAGUGUCGCCAGCCAGUUUGUAAUAACCUACCACAAUGGAUUGUGCAUUUUUUAAGCACAUACGAUGGCCGAUUCACGCGGCUUCAAGCCAAUAAAUUUGUGGAGCGGUGAUCCGGAUUCGGAGUGUCUUUACGAGGAGAUAUCAGGUCUCUCGUCAUCAAUUGAGCCUGAACGCCGUAGCGUAGGAUCAGGUACUAGUGAACGUAGCAGCCGAACAAAACGUAAAGUGAGUAGUCAGGAUACGCUCCAGCGUGCCGGGAGUGUUGGUCAUCGUGUGUACCAAGAUCACUCAGCAUCAGCUGGUGAAAAAACAGCUCCGCAACCUCAAACACGUCACCACAGUAUUUCUUCAACUUAUCAGCAUCCGCAGCAUCAUCAGCAUCAGCACCAGCACCAGCAUCAACAAAUCCAACACCAUCAGUUGCAACAACUGCAUCAACAGCACUUACAUCAGCAACCGUACACAGAAACAACACAGUUGCCGACAUCAGUGCAUCAUCAGUUGCGUGAUCAAUUUGCUGGUACAAAUAGCAGCCCCAGGGUGGAGGAUCAAUAUGCCACACGAGGAUUCUACGGGGAGUCUUUACAUGGCGCCCCAUUUGAGGCUUCAGCCUCAUUCAAGCUGACGAGGGGACGAACUGCUGCCCACUAUCAUCACUAUCAUCAUUACACCAGCAGUUUGCGGCGUCCUGGCGCAAGACCCGCACCUAGAUAUCACUUUCCACGCGGUGUAUUCAGUGAUGAGACGCAGGAAGAAAUACAAGAGGACGAUGAAGCUACUCUCAGAGAGUUGCUCGUAAGUCUGCAGAAACAGGUCAGCGUGAUGAGUAUGAACUUGAGCGCCAAGCUGGACGAGCUUCAGCAGCGGGGUGACCGUCAGCUCGAGACGACAGUGGCUCUUUGUGAGAUACGUACUCAGCUACAGGAACUCACCAAGAGCGUCGAGUCCUGUCAGAGCGAGGUCAGCGAAGUCAAACGGGACAUGGUUGCGAUAAAGCACGAACUGGACACGGUGCAGCAAGUCAAGGAGGAAAUUGAGGAAUUACGGGAGUACGUGGACCGACUCGAGGAACAUUCUCACAGACGGAAACUCAGACUUUUGGAACAGGGAUUAACAUUUUUCCUAGCGUACGCGAUAUUCGCUGCGGUCUUUGGAAUGCUUCAGUUCGGAUACAACACUGGAGUAAUAAAUGCACCUCAAGGGAAUAUUGCUAAUUUUAUGAAAGAUGUCUACAAAGAUAGAUACGGUGAAGAUAUGCCUGAUUAUGUUGUUAAAAAUUUGUACUCAGUAGCAGUUAGUAUAUUCGCAAUUGGAGGAAUGAUUGGCGGAUUUAGUGGCGGCAUUAUUGCUAACAGAUUUGGCAGAAAAGGGGGAUUGCUAUUAAAUAAUGUACUGGGAAUAGUCGGAGCAUGUCUGAUGGGUUUCACAAAAGCGGCUCACUCAUACGAGAUGUUAUUUCUGGGACGUCUUAUUAUCGGUAUUAAUUGUGGAUUGAAUACGUCACUAGUUCCCAUGUACAUAUCGGAAAUAGCACCACUAAAUUUGCGAGGUGGAUUGGGCACAGUUAAUCAGCUAGCUGUUACUAUCGGUCUCUUAAUUUCCCAAGUACUGGGUAUCGAACAAAUUCUGGGCACUAAUGAUCGCUGGCCUGUUCUACUGGGGCUGGCUGUCAUACCGCCUAUUGCACAACUACUGUUACUGCCAAUUUGUCCAGAAUCUCCAAGAUAUUUGCUCAUUACCAAACAGUGGGAAGAGGAGGCGCGUCGAGCAUUAAGAAAACUUCGAGCUAGCAACCAAGUUGAAGAAGAUAUAGAAGAAAUGAGGGCUGAGGAACGAGCUCAACAGGCUGAAUCAACAAUUUCAAUGGGCGAGCUUAUAUGCAGUCCAACUUUGAGAGCUCCUCUUGUUAUUGGUGUGGUCAUGCAACUAUCACAGCAACUUUCGGGUAUUAAUGCUGUCUUUUACUACUCGACGAUACUGUUCCGAAACGCUGGAUUGUCUGACGAAAGUGCCAAGUUCGCAACCAUUGGUAUAGGUGCUAUUAUGGUUGGUAUGACGUUAGUAUCCAUACCGCUAAUGGAUCGUACCGGUAGACGAACACUACAUCUUUAUGGUCUGGGUGGAAUGUUUAUAUUUUCCAUAUUCAUCACCAUUUCGUUCCUUAUAAAGGAGUUUUUCAAUUACGUACAGGAAAUGAUCGGGUGGAUGUCUUAUCUAUCAGUGGUAUCGACACUUAGUUUCGUAGUGUUCUUCGCUGUGGGACCUGGUUCGAUACCUUGGAUGAUUACUGCUGAGUUAUUUUCACAAGGUCCACGUCCAGCUGCCAUGUCCAUUGCUGUACUUGUUAAUUGGAUGGCUAAUUUCGUCGUCGGUAUUGGUUUUCCAAGCAUGAUGAUUUGCCUUGAUAACUAUACAUUCCUACCAUUCAGUGCAUUCCUGGCUGUUUUCUGGAUCUUUACGUACAAAAAGGUCCCGGAAACUAAAAACAAGACCUUCGAAGAGAUUUUGGCUCUCUUUAGGCACAACCACGACAGGUAUGACGGAAAGAAGCUAUCAAAUCCCAUACCCGAUACUUAUACUACCAGAAUACAAGAUAAAUAAUUUAUUUUAAAUACUAAAGUUAUAUUAUUGAUACAAUUAUUACUAUUACUAGAGUAUACUAUAACUGUUAUUAUCACAUUAGAUAUAAAUUCCAUAAAUGUAAAUCACCCACUUUAAACGGUUUUGAGUAAAACUCUUUUCAGUUUGUUACUUUAACUUCAACUGUUAUUGCAUACUUUACAUAUAUAUGUGCUAUAAUAUCAUGUGCUACAUAUAUAUAAUCGACUCUUAUGGUAAUCGAUACCUUAAAAACAUAUCAAUGCAGAAGAGCACAAUUUACAUUACUCAUUUUACUUUAUAAUCAUUUUAAUUUAAGUUACUUUUUAUUUAAUAGUUUAUUUUUUAUUCAUUAGGAUUAUAAUAGAAUUUUUUUUAAAUUAUAGAUUAGAUAGGGACGAAAUUGAGACAUUUUAAAGUUAUGAAUUAUCAAUCCUUUAAAUGACAUUUCUUUAUUUUUAACUUCUAACUGACCCUCAUUCAAUUAAAAACUUUAUUUUCGUUAUGACGCAGUUUGAAAUUGAUCGAAUAAUGCAUCGUGUUGUAUUUUUAUUAAUAAUUAGAAAUAAAGAAAUUUAUUUUUUUAAUUAACAUGAGAAACGGUCAAGUAUUGAUGCAUUUAUUGCAAUCUGGACCAUGGAAAAUUCAUGUCGCAUCUGUGAUUUUGAUUAUUGAUUUUUGAAUUUACGUCGGAAAUCAUAAAUUUUUUCUACCGAUCAGAAAAAAAAAAUAAAAUUGUGGGUCGAGUAAAAUGAGGACGCUAAGAAAAUAGAAUAUGUAUAAAAAAAAAAAAAAGAAACGAAAAAACCAUUUAUUGGAAAAAUAUAAAACGUAAAAAAAAAGUAUUUUCAUGAUUUUUCUCUAACGGUUACAUUUUCUCGAAGCUAAACAUGAAAUUUAUUCCAAGUCGGAUUUUGAUUUGUUUUUGCAAAAUUUUUUUUUCUUAAAUGAAAACUCUAUACACAAAUAAAGAUUAAGGUGACGCGUUACUCUGUAAUCUAAAAAUCGGGUAUUUUUCGUAAGCGUUGGUCCACUCAAGUGCAAAAGAUAAAAAAGUGACAACUCUUGAUGUGAUAUUUUGUAGCUGCUAUUUUUUAAGAACGCCUUCACUUGCCAAAAAAAAUCGUUUUUUUUUCAACUAUAAAUCAUCGAGCGGUUUUGUGUGUCGAAAAUAAAAAUUCAGUGAUUCAAAUUUUUCAUACCCCAAUUCCGUCCUUUUAAAAUAAAUAAAAAAUACAAAGCGUAUUAAAAAUGAGUUAUCGGGCCAUAAAAUUUUCUCUACUCAAUAAUAAUUUAAUAGUUAUUAAAUAAAUAAAUAAAUGCACAUAUCUCAACAUGGAGAUUUAACGAUUAAAUGAAUUUUGAUACUACAAAUAAUAGUUUAACUGAAAUUCGAUCAGUGCAAAGUGAUAUUCGGCUUUUGUAAACCUUUAACAAUUUGUUCAAGUGAUUUGUUAACUCGGUCAUAUAACUUUAUCCGAUAUAUCCUACUUCUAAUAGUUAAAAAUACAGAUAAAGUAUAUAUUUAAAAAAAAAAAAUAUUAAGCACAAUUGUACAGAGAUCACGAGUGAUUGAUGUUAUCAAUAUAUUUUAAUGAAAUUUCAAUCAAAUGUUUAUUAUUAUUAUUAUUAUUAUUAUUAUUAUUAUUAUUAUUAUUAUUAUUAUUUUUAUUAUUAUUAUUGAUUUUAAUUAUGUUUGAUGUGUACUUAGUCCAAAUAAAUUGUAAUUAACAUAUUGUUUAUACAAAAUAAAUAAUUAUUGUUAAUCA